UGUUCCUACAGCACUGAUGUGAGCGCGAGUUUGGCGAGCACAUGCCACGUUGAGAGAAAGAAGAUCCGAACUGAACAACCAGCAAAAGGGGCUUGCGAGGACCAUUUGAAUCCAAUCCACCUUCAACAAUUAAUAAUAAUAAUAAUAAUUAAAAAAAAAAAAAAACUCCCACCAAGUGGUUUAACAAUCCUCUGAAACAAGCAGCCGACUGAGGUUACCGAGAGACCCGCAAAGAUGCACUUGUUGUCCGCCAGCUGCGUGGCUGCCCUGCUCCUCUUCACCACGCUCCUCCGCCGAGUCAGCGGUUUGGAGACUGUUUUCGGCCUGUAUGGGGAAACAUUAGAGAUCCCCUGCAACAAUGGAGCCCUGAAAACCGAGGACAUCCUGAUCACUAAAUGGAAAUAUGACAAAGGAGAGGGACUUACGGGAGACCUGCUGGUCAAGAUGAAUAAACAGAAUGUUUCAAUCAGCGCUACGGAUGAAUACAAGAGUCGCAUUAGCUUGGCUGCAAACUUCAGCCUGCUGAUCUCUGCAGCCAAGCUGACUGACCAGCGCACUUUCACCUGCAUGGUGGCUGUUGCAGACAUCAAAGAAUACCCAGUUACUGUGGUGAUCUACAAGACGGCGACAGGCCUGGAGAUUUCUGACAAAGCCAAAGAACUGGAGAUUGGCAAACUAACUAAGCUCGGGACGUGUGUUGCAAAAGACUCCAAUCCAGCUGUAAAUAUCACAUGGCUGAAGAACAAUGUGCCUCUGGUGGCUGAUGGGAAAGGGAUUUCCAUCGAAGCAUCGGUGCUGGUGGACCCUGUUACUGGCCUUUCAACUACUUCUUCCAUACUGGAGUACUCAGCCGAGAAGGAAGACACGGACGCUGAGUUCACCUGCAGCACUCAGAACACUGUGGGCCCGGAGCUGGUGUCCUCUCCUGCGACCUUCACAAUCACCUACUCCCCAGAGAACAUCGUCCUUCAGGUAACUGCUAAGGACCCCCUUGUAGAAGGCGACAACGUGACUCUGAAGUGUGUGGCAGACGGUAACCCACCUCCUACCGCCUUUAACUUCCACCUUAAGGGAGAGUUGGUGAAAGUGGAAAAUGCAGAUACUUACACCAUCACGGAUGUCUCGCGUGACUCCACUGGUGAAUACAAAUGCUCCCUUGUUGACGACCCGACAAUGGAAGCAACUAAGAACAUCACAGUCAGCUACCUAGACAUCAAUUUAAGCCCCUUUGGAAGCAUCGUCAAGAGUGCCGGUGAUGCCUUGGAUCUAACUCUCAAGAUUGUUGCCUCUGGAGACAACAAGGUCUCCUGGACAAAGGACAAUGUUAAACUGGACAAGGAGCCCAAGUUUACCAAGCUGACUUACGCUGACUCUGGCCGCUAUGAGUGUGAGGUGAAGAUGGGGCUCCUCAGCCAAAAGGCUUUUCUUGAGCUGGCUGUUGAAGGUGCUCCAGUGAUCAAGCAACUCUCCAAGAAGCGCGGUGAAGACGGCAAACAUAAAGUCCUGAUCUGUGAGGUUGAAGGUUCUCCAAAGCCAGCUGUUUCCUGGAGCAUCAACGGCACCUCGAGUGAAGAUACUCCUUUCGUCAACGGAAAAGUAACACACAAGAUCAAGGUUGAGCCUACUGCAAAUCUUACUGUCUCUUGUAUGGUGUCCAAUGAGUUUGGCUCGGACACCAGGAGUAUAAAUGUGUCAUCCCUAAUUGAGGAGGUGAGAAUGGAUAAGCAAGACCAAUCAGAUGAUAACGACCAAACCAAGUUGGUGGUUGGAGUUGUUGUUGGUCUCCUCGUCGCCACUAUAGUUAUUGGCCUGGCAUACUGGGUCUACAUGAAGAAAUCCAAGCAAGGAAGCUGGAAGACUGGUGAAAAGGAGAACGGGUCCUCUGAGGAGGAGAAAAAACUGGAGGAGAAAGUGGAGGAGAACAGCCAAAAAGCUGAGGUGUAAAGAAACGGCAACCAUCCUUUGGAAAUGUGAAAGUGGGAACGUGGAACUUUUGCACAUCUCUCUUCACCUUUGUCUUUGGGGGGGGAAACAAGUGUACAUUGGGAUGAAGACGCUUUGGAUUUGGUUUCAGGGAAAAUUUGACUAAAAAGCAUAUCCAAACAACUCCCUCACCCGUCAAACCCUCACCCCUCCAUUCCUAAAAAAAAAUAAAAAUGAAUGGAUACUGUAUGUGAUAUACAUAACUUGUCUGCACUACUGAUACACGUGUAAGCUUGUCUACUAUUAGGACUCAUGUUUGUUAGAAUGGAAUUUGGUAAACUGAGAAAAUGCUGAUCUUUUUGGUUUUGUUAGUUGAUGCAAGUAGAAUAACUACUAGACCAGUUGCCUUUGCUGUAAGGAUGUGUAGGCCUACAUUAGUCUGACUCUUUGGCCCUGGGAGACAUAGGGACAUCACCGCCAUUGCUUCUGUGCUUCACUUCAUCACAGCCAAACAACCUCUGCCUUCAACAUCAGUGUACUUAAUUUUUUUCUUGGUGCAUUUGUUUCAGUUUGUUCAUUCAGGCGUAAAAUAAUUGUUGAAAUAGAGAUGAAUUUCCUGAAAGGGCUAUGGGUUAUGGGGGUGAUACUCGUCAUUAGUUAUAGAUGGUGAUAUGAUUUACAUUGCAGGAAGUAGGCGAUGUGGCACAGAGUUCUUUGGCAUUACAUGAUUUUUUUUUUUGUUCUAUGAUUGUGUGCAACUCUUUGUAAAGUAACCAGGAAAGAAAACAAGAGAAACUCAGUUUCUUUUUUUCAAAUGAACUGUACAUUCGACAUAACCACUGUGUAACACAGGCAGGUAGAUUAUUGAGAUAAAUCUUAGCUUAACUCAACUCAUAUCAUUGGCUUUAAUUUGGCUGUACAGAUUGUUUUACAUUAAGCCAGUGUUUUUUGUGUUUUUUUCACGCAAGAACUCAUUGAGCCUGUAGUAAUUAAAUAAAGUUUCAAGACUGUAAGUGAACUCUCAAUUUGUUCUUCAUCAGUGUUGAGGUAUGAUUGUUUAUUGUGUAGCUAUGGCAUAAUUUUUUGAUGGAGCACACAGAGAGGACAAGGUUUUUAUCUCAAAGUGGCCGUCAUUAAAAAUUUGCCUUCUUUUGAAAAUCUACCUGUAAUUUCUUCAGUUUGUGAUGUGCACUAGGGUUCAUGUUUUCAUGUCAGAUUGGUGUAGAAUACGAUGGAAUACUCGCAGCUGUACAUGUCACAAAUUUGGUCCUUUCAAGAGCAUUUACUAAAUUUGAAAAUGUAUCAAGACCAGGAUGUAAUUGUGAAGUAUGUGAAUUUAAUUUUCUUUUUGCUAUUUAUAAUGUAAAAAAUGUCCAGGUACGCAAAUUCAAUUAUUGUCAUAUAAUUCAUAACUUGGAUUGAAACAGUUGGUAAAUUGCUUGCAUAGCUUACAAAAGUGUAAUUAAGUUGCGAGUCAUCAGUAGGUUGCUCAGCGUCUGGUUGAAUGCUAGAUUCAGCAUGUGAUAAUCUCCAGCUGCUGUUUGUUUGCCUACUGUGUGUAAAAACAUCAAAUUGGAAGAUUGACCAAAGAAAGUGAACAUUGCCAUGCAAGUAUUGUAAAUACCUGAUGUUUGUUUUUGUACUUUUGUUUAAAAUAAAGUGUACAUUUGAAAAA